ACAGAAGAGGAGCGCGCAGCGGGAGGCGCAGGUCACACAAACACUCAGCUCAUCCUGAGCGGCGCAGACCGAAGAGAAAGAUGUUUACCAUGAUGCCGUCAGAAGGAUACGGGGAAUAAACGAAUCACUUGGAAUACCUUUUUACUUUUGUUUGUUUUCUAUCUUUUAUUAUUAUGUGUCCCGGAUUAAUUUUGUGUCAUUUUUAAUUUUUCAUGUCGAGGACUAGAGAGCGACCCAAACAAAUAUACUUUUCUCACACCUAAUCCGUCCUCCCCUUUUUUCCCUAUCAAAAUCCUCCGGCAGAGACUGAUGGACAUGUGGUGGAAAGUGGGACUCGUGCUGGUGAUGUUUUGGGGUCUCACAAGCAGCGAAGACCGCGAGGAGCACCGGGAGUCCCCGCCGCGCACAGCGAUGCUCCGAGCGCCCGUGGAAACGCUGGACUUUGGCUUUGUGCCGUCGGUGGUGUACGAGACACACGCGUAUUAUGAACCAGGUCCCAUGGGGAUUCUUUUCCACAUGGUCCACGCGUUUCUUUACGUGGUUCAGCCAAACCCCUUCCCCAAAGAUCUCAUUGUUAAAAUGGUGCAGCAGAACAUGGGAGGAAUUAAAGGAGAUGAUUACAAAAAGCCAGAGAAUGUUGUACUAUUACUUCAGACUAUCUAUUAUGAGCUGGGCUUUAUAGUGCUGUCAGUGCUGGGGGUGUUUUUUGUGCUCCUCAUGCCAAUAGUGGGUCUGUGUUUCUGCGUGUGCCGCUGCUGUGAGAACUGUGGUGGCGAGAUGCAUCAGAGACAGAAGAAGAAUGGAGACUGCCUGCGUGGAUUUUACAUGGCCACACUCAUCGCUACCUCUGUCUUCCUCGCAGUUGGAGUGACAGUCGCCUAUGUAGCAAACCAGAACAUCACAUCUCAGAUUAAAAGCACCAGGCGACUUGUGAGCACUAACAUAAGAGACCUGAAAGCUUUUGCCAACUACACACCUGCGCAAAUAGACUACCUCACUGCACAGUAUACAACAGCCAAGAAUAAAGUAUUAUCAGACUUAGACAAUAUCGGGACUCUGUUGGGUGGACAGAUUCAUAAUAAGCUGGAGAGUGAAGUGGUGCCUGCAUUAGACCAUGCUCUUCGCAUGACAGCAGUUAAAGUGGAGAGUGCUAUUAAAGCCAUGCGGGAAACCAAAGAGUCAUUAGAGAGUGUGAGCACAUCUCUAGAGACCCUGCAGGAGGGAACAGGCAGACUUCAGGUCUCUCUUCAGUCUGAACGAGUGUCUCUCUCAAACACACUCAAUGACUGGGCAUGCUCUAAUGAAGACGUAACACACACUUGCAACUCCAUCCGCGGGACCCUCAACCAACUCGCUCUCAGUGCAAACUUCAAUGGGUUGCCCGAUGUUGAGGCACCUUUAGCCAAUCUGGAUGCUGUGCUUAAAACAGACCUCAGUAAUAUUGUUCAAAAGGGCUACUCUUCUUUUAACGACACACCACAGUUGGUAAGGGAACAGACUAAAGGGAUUGUGUCAGCUCUACCCAAAGUGAAAGGGCUGCUGGAUAAAUCAGGUGCAGAGAUUAUUGGUUUCACAAAGAUGUUCCCGGUUGAGCCAGCACUUCAAAACUUCUCAAAGUUCCUGACAGACAGCCAGAAGAAUAUUGAAGCAUACUAUCCACAGAUCGACCAGCUGGACUUCUACAGAUGGAUCGGGUGUGUGUUGAUCUGCUGUUUGGUUGUGCUGGUUCUGGCUUUUAAUUUUCUGGGUCUGUUGUGUGGAUCAUGUGGCUAUGAUAAAAACUCCACUCCAACCACACGGGGCUGUUUGUCCAACACUGGAGGAAACCUGCUGAUGGCUUCUGUUGGCUUCAGCUUCAUCUUCUCCUGGGUGCUCAUGGGAGUUGUGGUCACAACAUUUAUUGUUGGUGGAAACAUUGAAAAGCUUGUGUGCGAGCCACUGGCUAACAGACAGAUUUUUAAGAUUAUUGAUACACCAUACAUGGUCCAUCCGACCAAAAAAAACUUCCUUCCUGGCAUGUUGUUUCAAGAUCCCAACAUCGAUCUGACUAUUGGCAGUAUGUACAGAGAUUGUUACGAGAAUAAUGGUUUAUAUUCAGCUCUACAACUGGAGACCAAAUUCAACUUUAACAAGUUUCUCAAUGCCACAGUGUUCAACCCUGAAAUUGGCGAUAUAUUUAAUAAUGUAAAUGUGGAUCUGCAAGGAAUGCUUCUUCUGGAACAGGAGGGUAAAGACAAUCUCAUCGACUUUGCCAACACAGGCAUUGGAGACAUUGACUACCAGGCUUAUUUAACAGAGGUGAAUAAAGGAGUGACAGUUGUGGAUCUAUUGUCCUAUGCAAAUGAACUCGAUGCUCAAGCAGAUAACCUGCCACGCGGGGCUCUUGAGAAUGCACUGAAAGGUCAUGCCAGCAGUAUCAGACAAAUCCACAAAGAUCAAGUGGUUCCAAUGGAACAGGCUAUGAAAUUUGUGAAAGCAAGGAGCAAUUUAAAUCAAAGCAUCAGACAAUUGGAGAAAACAUCCAGAGAGCUGCCUGUUAAAGUGACAAAUGUACUGAAUGCCAUCGAGGCAGCAGAAUAUCUCAUCUCCAACAAUGCCUCACAUGUGGUCAAACAGGAGUCUGAUAAAUUCAUUAAGAAAAUUAUUGGAUACUUUUCCCAAUAUACGGAGUGGGUUAAACACUCACUGGCAAUGGAGGUCGCCCAGUGCAAACCUAUCAGCAACAUUGUGGACUCAGCAGAGAUUGUAGCCUGCAGCUUCAUUGUUGAUUCAGUGAACACAUUCUGGUUUGGUCUGGGAGGAUGUUGUGUGCUCCUCAUUCCCAGCAUCAUCAUGUCAGUAAAACUCGCCAAAUUCUACCGCAGGAUGGACACUGAGGAUGUCUUUGAUGACUAUCCAUCCUAUGACACAAUGAGGUGGUAUCCUCGGGCUUCAGCCCCCCCGAGACAACCUGACUGGUGACACAAAUUCACACACUUUCACACUGGGUAUGAAUUGUACCUGCGUCCUACAGUGGUUCUGAGAACUGGAGCUAAAGACAAUGUAGCAUGUCAAGAGAUUGUCUUUGUUCAUUCGGAUUCUAAGGACAACAAACAAAGACAGGCAUAAAGGGAAUAUUAUCAGCAAAAUGAAAUGAUCAAAUCUUUAUUUCAGUCUCAAAGAUUAAAUCAUGUUCAGACCUUAACUGAAGAAUUUCCAGCAUAUUCACCACACAGGCAAACAGCAGUCUAAUCUUUUUUUAUUUUACACUUUCAACAAGUUUAUGAAAGUUUUGUACGUAUUUUGUUAAUAUCUGUUUUAUAAAACAUGUCCUUUAGACACAACUGUGGGUUCAUCUAGAUUUUGUAUCGGUCUUUUUAACAUUUUAAAGCAGGAGUGAGAAAGAUCGGUGGUGAUUGUUGAUGAUGAAAUGAUGUUUCUGAACCAAACAUCAGAAAGAUUGAUCAAAGCAGCUGAAGUAUUUACCUAGAAAAGUACUUCAUUUAUCAAGUUCUUUUGUGAAAUGUUACCUUUUUCUACAUUCUAUUGUCCAACGAAUGAAGUAGAAAUUAGUCAAAUAAAAAACUGUUUGCACUAGAAACGCACUAGACAACGCUCAUGUAUUUACAGACAAAUGAUCUGAAGCCAACAUCCUAAAAGACUGAUCCUGUAUGUUGGAAAUGUCAGUACUUUUGAUACAAGAUAAUUAUGCUACUAAACACAAAUGACUACUGUAGAGCAGUUGGACAAUUUUGUUUUUGUUGUAUUUGUUUUCAUGUUUUUGAGUGUCUUACUUUUUUGUGUCCACAUUGAAUUGAAAAUAGUUACUUAUGUCCAUUGUAAUCGUAAUGUACUGUCAUUUCUUGAAAUGCAUGUUUCAGUACAGCAUACAAAUGUCAUGAAAUUCAAACCAAAGGUUUUUUUUUUUCCCUUAUAUUCUAAAAAGCAAGGUUUGUGAAUGAAAGCUGGAAUCUUAUUGUGUCUGAUAUUCACGAACAUCUCUUUCUCUCGUGGGUUUUGUUGUUCUCACAUUUUUACACUCAUUGUACUAUUUGGGAUUUUGCAGUGUGCAACAUGACAAUGUAAUCUCACUGUUACAUGGAGGACGAAUGAAAGUUACAAUAAAACAAUCAGCUUAAAAUGG